AAAGAUGGCGCCCCGCCUCACCCGCCUGCAGCGCUGCUAGCCGGGGCGCAGCCGGGGGCGGCAUGGGGGGGACCCCGCGCCCCGGGCACUGAGCCGGCCGCGGGCAGCGCUCUGCGCCCCCCGCCCGGCGCUGAGCCCCGAGGACUUGGCGGAGCGUGUCUGCUGGGGCUCAUGGAGAACGGCACACACAACCCAAUCAUCCGAGAUGUCUAUGCAGCUGCCAGCCACCUGCAACAAGCAGCGGUCAACUCUUCUGCGAAUGGGAGUGGCUGCAAAGAUCUGAUGGUCAAACUGACGGAGGGGCAGUAUGUGCUCUGCAGGUGGACUGAUGGACUCUAUUACAUUGGAAAGAUCAAGAGGGUAAGUGGCUCCAAAAAGAGCUGUCUUGUGACCUUUGAAGAUAACUCCAAGUACUGGGUCCUUUGGAAGGAUAUUCAGCAUGCUGGUGUCCCUGGAGAAGAGCCGAAGUGUAACAUCUGCCUGGGAAAGACAUCAGGGCCCCUGAACGAAAUCCUCAUCUGUGGAAAAUGUGGUCUCGGUUAUCACCAGCAGUGCCACAUCCCAGUGGUGGACAGCAGCGAUGGCCCCGUGCUGACGCCCUGGUUUUGUCGGAGAUGUAUAUUUGCCCUGGCUGUACGGAAAGGGGGCGCCCUGAAGAAGGGAGCCAUCGCCAAGACGCUGCAAGCCGUCAAGAUGGUGCUGUCCUACAACCCGGAGCAGCUGGAAUGGGAUUCUCUGCACAGGACCAAUCCACAGCAGUGUUACUGUUACUGCGGGGGCCCUGGAGAAUGGUACCUGAAGAUGCUGCAGUGUUACAGUUGCAGGCAGUGGUUCCACGAGGCCUGCACGCAGUGCCUUAGCGAUCCCAUGAUGUUUGGAGACCGGUUUUAUAUUUUUUUCUGUGCGGUGUGUAACCAGGGGCCAGAAUACAUCAAGCGCCUGCCCUUGAGAUGGGUCGACGUUGUCCACCUGGCCCUCUAUAAUCUGGGCGUCCAGAGCAAAAAGAAGUACUUCGACUUUGAGGAAAUCCUAGCCUUUGUGAAUCACCACUGGGAUCCUUUACAGCUCGGAAAGCUGACCAGCACUCCGGCCUCAGAACGUGCUCCACACCUGCUCAAUGCACUCAACAGCUACAAAAGCAGAUUUUUGUGCGGUAAGGAAAUCAAGAAGAAGAAAUGCAUCUUUCGCCUGCGAAUUCGUGUCCCGCCAAACCCCCCAAGCAAGCUCCUGCCAGAGAAAGUACCAGGUUUGGGUGAGAAUGGAGCUUCUGAGCUGAAGAAGAGAGGAAAAAGCAAAUACGCCCAUAAAAACGGUUUGCUGCCGCAUGAAUUUCAACAGCAGAAAAGGCGAGUUGCUAGAAGAAAAAGAUCAAAAUUUUUGUUGGAGGAUGCUAUUCCCAGUAGUGACUUCACCUCGGCUUGGAGCACAAACCACCACCUGGCCAGCAUAUUUGACUUUACACUGGAUGAAAUUCAGAGCUUAAAAAGUGCCAGCUCAGGGCAGACUUUUCUUUCUGACCUGGAUUCCACAGAUGCUGCCAGCACAUCUGGCUCUGUGAUAACGAGCCUGUCUUAUGAAUCGAGCAGAAGGAACGUGGGCAGCCGGAAACGAAAGCUGGCGGCUAAAGCCUACGCCCCAGUGGGGGGGAAGAGAAAAGGCAUUGAACAAGGCGGGCACCUGAACAGCUGCGCCUCAGAGAGCAGUGAGGCGGCCUGUGCCCCGGAGCGCCAGGAUGAUGGGAUUGACAGCCACACCUUGGAGAGCAUCAGCGAGGACGACUCCUCCCUCUCCCACCUCAAGUCCUCCAUCACCAACUACUUUGGAGCAGCCGGCAGGCUGGUGUGUGGGGAGAAGUACCAGGUGCUAGCCCGCAGGGUGACUCCGGAGGGGAAAGUCCAAUAUCUGGUGGAAUGGGAAGGCACCACCCCAUAUUGAUCCCUCUGGCUUGGACCAGCCUGGGAAACCUCUCCUAGAAUUAAAUAGAUCUAUCAAUCAAACAAAACCCAUGACCUAAACCAAAGGAGGCAAGGGAUGGGGAUGAGCAGGGCUCUCGCGCUGGCCGUGCACCGAUGCGGGAGAGUUUUGACCGCUCUCCUUACGCUUACAGUGAGUUGUGCAGGCGAGGUUUGAAAGGAACACUUAACGGUCUGGAGCAGGGGAUCUCUAGGGAACUGGGAAGGACUUAGGACAGGAUAUAGUGGAGGCAGUUGGACACGGCGAUUACAUCCAAACUUACUGUGAGCCGCGGCAUCGGGUGGCUAAAACUGAUCGAGUUCUUGUUUUUAAUGAUGGUUAUUUUAUUGGUCACGUAUAUACAACUGGCUUCCCCGGGGGACCCUUUGGCUAAGCCAAGGGAGCCAUCUUUGUGGAAGUGAGCAAUUAGUUAUAUGGCUUUUCAGUGUGAUACUCUGCUGCACCAUAGAGGCAUGGUAGGCCCAUCCGAACCACUCAGCAUCUGGCUGAUAGUGCACACGUGUGUCUGAUGGAGCAGCUCUUGUGGUGAGAGGAAAGCAAAGAGGGAAGUUUGAGUGGAGAAAGGAAAACCAAUCUGUAUCGAGCUCAAACUAUCAUCCCUUCUAGUAACAAUAAAAAUGCUGUUAUGCAGAAGAACCACAUAAGUCCACCAGUGUCUUAUGAUCACAUACAAGCCUUAAAUAACAGACCCAACUGGUCUUGUUACUAAAGCAGAAAGCACCUCCAUAACCGGUUCUAUAAUGCCUAAGCACCCAGGUAUCACAUUCUUGUGCUGAUAGAAAAUGCUGGGCAAGAUGACUCUUGUCAAAGCAAUUAUAUAGUAUUUACCUCCUCGUCAUACACCCAUUCAUUAAUGGGACACACACACACACACACACACACACACUCUCUCUCUCUCUUCGGCCAUUCACUUUCAGCCACAGGACAGAUUUACAUCACGGUUGCUAUUGUCCCAUGACAUUAAGAUGUAAAAUGAUGCAGCAGCUCCAUUUGCUUAUUCUUUUGACAAUCACAGUCUUGGAAUGAAUCUGACAAAUGACGUGAGCUUGCCUUAAAACCAAGGAGGGCAUUGUUUGGCACUGAUGGCAUCUUAAAUGAAAUGGAGCCAUGGGCAUUUAUUUUUGUAAAGAUCAUUGUGUUGAAUGCUGUAAAGAUCAUUGUGUUGAAUGCUGCCAAGUGAGUAGACAAGCCAAAAAAACCAGCCAAACAAAAAGCAAAACAAAGGAAAAGUGAUUGUAUCUCUGCGAAUGAAAGAGAAAUGUUUGUGUAGGGGGAGGGAAUUUCUGUUGCUGCUGCUUUUGGAUACGUAACAAUACAUAUUGCUAUUUGUAUUACCUGACAUAUACCAGCUGAACCAAAUCUUUCUACUUAGCGCUGCAUGAUCUCUGUCUUUGUUGCUCUUGCAUAUAUAAUGGAAGAAGAGGAUGUAGCCUUGCAGGGCAAGGAAGGGAGAGGAAAUGCAGUAACUUAAGAAUCAGAAGAACGAAUGUAAUAAAUUAUUGGAAGGCGAGCCAUGUUUUCCAUUAUUGGGAUUCAGAAAGUGACUUGCUAAGCUGAAUUCUGGGAUUCAGUUUGCCUACCUAAUAAUAAAAAAUUGCCACUCUUGUCUAAUAUAAAGUGAUAUUGUCAGGUAGCUUAGACACAAUCUAGGUUGUUUUAAAAUAUAUCUAUACUUUUACAAGCUCUAAUAUCAGUAGAAAUGUUUGUUAGAUUUUUCUUUUAAACAUUCAGUGAAAAGUUAUCCACACUUUCUAGCCUGGUUGUUGAGAACCCAGAGUGAAACUGACAAUAAACAAGUGACAAGGUGGGGGAGGUAAUAUCUUUUUAUUGGACCAACUUCUGGUGAUGAGAGACAAGCUUUUGAGCUGCAUAGAGCUCUUUUUCAGAUGACCUGAAGUUGGUCUGAUACAUGAUACAACUUCACCCCACUUGUCUCUCUAAUACCCUGGGACCAACAUGGCUACAACAACACUGUGAAUAAAUAACAGUGAAACUGACAAGUCUCCUUUCAUUGUCCAAACUGAAUGAAGUGCAAAAAUUUAAACAUCUUAAAGGCAAAAAAACCAAACUAGAGUUUGCAAAUUCUUUCACCUUUAAUAAUCCCUAAAGGACAUGGUUUUAACAGUGUAUAUGAUUUUAUGACCUGGCUGUUGAAAGAUGAACUGAAAAGCUCAUUUUAUUGAAAAAACUUUAUUUAAGAUCCUGAAUCAUUCAGUGUGUGAUUCUCCCCUAACUGACAUGGGGGUAAAGCAAGAGUAAAAACAGGUGAGAGAGGAAAAUUAGGUUCCAUUUUAAAGCAGAACUCCCAUAAUAAAAGCAGCACUUCCCCACUGACGUCCAAAUGAACGGCACAACAUCACCUUCACAGAACAGGUUAAAGUUACAAACCAAAGGCCAUAUUAUAUGAUCCUUAACAAAGUAAAACUCCCAUUGACGUCACUCUUCAAAUAACAUCGUGGAUAAUCCAAGUUCUGGGGUGAUGGUGGUUGUUUUUAAUUUAACCCCUCCCCCCAAUCUGAAUUAAGGUCUCCGUAUUUCUGUAGUCUGCGUUUGAUUAUAUGGCUGAGACCCGGAAUGGUGCAUACAGCUCCUUGCUGUCCUUUGAGUGUUAGAGUUUGGGGCUGGAUUCUGACUGGAUGCACCAGUGUAAAGUUGAAGUAUUUCCAUUGCCUUCAGUGGCGUUUUUCAAGAUUAUCCCAGAAUAACUAGGAUCAGAAUCUGGCCUGUUAUCAGCUGCUGUAGCAGAAGCAGAUUAGUCUGAACAUCCAUCAUAGGUUUUAGGUGUGUGUUGUGUUUGUUUUUUUUUUAAAGCCUUUCAAUUAAUCUGUCAGAAAUGAUCUAGGAACACCUCGAUGGAAAAGCCACCACCUGUUUGUGAAAUGUGGAGUCUGUCGUUGGGACUGGAUUUGAAUCCAGCGAAUGGAAACCAUGGCUUUUAAAAGUUAAUCUGUAGUACAUCUCUACUGUUAAAGUAACCUCUCACCACUGAGGCUUGGUCUACACUACCAUCUUAUGUCGGUAUAGCUCCAUCGCUCAGGGGGGGUGGAAAAUCCACCCCCCGGAGCGAUGCUGUUAUAUGGAUCUAACCCCCGCUGUAGAUAGUGCUGGGUGGCCGGGAGAGCCUCUCCUGUCAACAUAGCCAAUGCCUCUCAGGAAGGUGGAGUACCUGCACCAAUGGGAGACACUCUCAGUGCUAUAGUGGUGUAGCUUCACUGCUACAGCACUGUCUGUGUAGACAAGUCCUUCGUCAAAUGCAUAGAAAGCAUUAAAAGACUCUCCUAACUACACAGGUUGUGGGUGAAAAGAAACUGACUUGGCUCCUGAACCUGCAUCAGAUCAGUGUGGGCCUGUGCUUGUGUGGAUCCAGUUGUAGGGUUGGAGUCUUUCUAUGCGUGUUAGGACGUUUUUUGAUUUGGUCUCUUGGGACUUGAUCCAAACCCCAUUGGAAUCAAUGAGUUUUUUCCAUUGACUUCAACAGAGUUCGGAUCAGGCCCUAGAUAAUUUUGCAUCUUUUGAGCACAAAAGCUAGUUGUGGGGUUUUUGUUUUUGUUUUUGCUGUUUCCAAAAGCUAGGCUUUUUUGUAAUGAUUUGAAGUACUGUAGCUAUUACAUGUCCUGGGAAAUACAUAAGUGCUUUGAAUGCAUCUUUAUAGCCAAAGAGGCAAUAUGAAAAAGACCCUUUAUUGAAUCUGCUCCUUGUUCUCAGCACAUAUUCAGGAGCCUCAGGAUAACCAAGAGAUUUUGAGGCUUUUGGCUUAGAAAUGAUCGGGGUGGGGGAGGAGGGACAUAACCCCAUUCCUUCUGUAUUUUAAAUGUGAGUGUUAGAGUUGGAUCAGUGCUCAUCGCCUUUCACAGGUGAAGUGAAAGAGACAAGAUCCUGACUCUGCCGUGAGCUGCGCCUCACUUGUCAACUUCAGUAGGUUCUGCCUGCAUGGAGCUUAUAACCUGAUCAGGGAAUUAGCAUUUAAGAUCUUAAAUCAGUAACAGAAUCGAUGUGCCUGCUGAAAUUGCAUGCAACUCCCUUGAAAAGACGGUAGCGGAAAGUCCGUUCCUCCUUUACUUACCUGCCAAGACCCGAAACUCCCACUGACUUCAGUGAGUGUCCCUGAGAGAGGUUUGCAGAGCUGGGGUCCAGGGGCUCGGGCUUGGCUUAGAGCAGUGUGAGGGACCCAGCUGCCUGUUCUGCUCUGGGUGUUGGUAGAGUGCUCAGCUGAUGCGCAAUGAAUGAAUCCUGAUCUUGCCAGGUGGGGCCUUUCUGUUCAUCUCUCAAUUGUGUUUUCCCCCCUUUGGAAGCCGCGGAAUGGGCAGAAUAGGCAGCGCAGUGACACCAAGUCCUCAGAAAGCCAUUGAACGUUUCAGGAAUGUCUGUGCCCCAGUGUGCUGCGCGUGUAAACACAAGAAAAUCCCCCACUUUGUCACAGGGUGUACGCUUCUUAUGUUAGGCCCUGCAAACAAACCAGCCAACCAACCAAUCUUCCCCACCUCCACAUGCGUUCCAGCGAGGGGAAUGUGGAGCCUUUAAAAACGCUUUGUUCCAGAGGAUGUGUUGCAUUAGUUCUAAUAGAUCUUAUAACGAUUCUGUGCACCUUCGAAAGAUUUAUGAUGUCAAGUUGCUGCUUUUAAUAACCAACUUUUGUUAUAUUCAAGUUGUAAUUAAUAUGUCUGAUGUACAAUUAAAAAGUCUUU